CUAGCGUUACCGUAUGCUCACAAUUAUUUACGCUUUCUGUAAAGGAUGCUGCGGCUCUAUUUUUAGGCCGGUUGGAGAGAUGGCGCUGUCAGUCUCUUAAAAAUAGUUCAACUUGUUGAUUAGUUCAUAACAGGUCUAGACGACGUUCGUACCAGACACGUGUGCGUGUAAUUUAUUUAGGUGUUUUUGCUAUUGCGUAAAAGUGCUAUGGAGCCAAACUUUGUGAGGGGUUUCUCACUUCAAGAUGCCCUAGAGAUUGCCUAUAGUGAUAAUAUAGACGAAAUAUUUAUUGAACCACCCGAUCCGGACGUUCUGACAGACGUAGACUCCGGGGAUGAAGAUGGUAGUGGAUUUAUUGACAAAUUAUCUGGCAGACAACUUAGAGGUCAAGCCGAAGUAAAACUCCUAGACAACACCAGAGUUGGUGGGUGCAGUUCUGAUGAUUUGUCGCGAAGUCUUGGAUCACUUCGUGCUUCACCAAAACAUAGGUCUCCUUCGCCAUCACAAAACAAAGCACCUUCGAUAACACAAAUUACUGUUGAUGUAGAGGACUUUGACUGGGUCCAAGGAGAUUUGCCACCAAAUCACCAAAUUUUUCCAACAUGUGACUUCAAGCCAUAUCAACAUUUGAGUCCCGUGGAAUUAUUAGAAUUGUUUAUCCAUGACGACAUCAUACAUAUGAUGAUCGAGGAAACGUCCAGGUAUGCCUUAUUCAAAAACUGUCCGCACCCUAAAGUAUCUGUAGGAGAAAUGAAAUGCUACAUUGGCAUUCUUAUUAUUAGUGGGUAUAUUGAUUUACCAGGAAAAAGGUUUUACUGGGACUCAAAUAAUGACAUGAGAAAUGAACUGGUUUACAUGUCUAUGCGCAGGGACCGGUUUUUGCAAAUUUCGCGUUUUAUUCACUUCGCUGAUAAUUGUAAACCAGAGCUUUCUGAUAAAGUGUGGAAAAUGCGUCCACUAAUGGACAAGAUCAAGGAAAACUUUUUAGCUUAUUUUGAGCCUGAAGAGCAUCUAUGUUACGACGAAUCUAUGAUUCGAUACUUCGGAAAACACAGCUGCAAGCAGUUUAUUCGAGGUAAGCCAGUUCGUUUCGGCUAUAAAAUGUGGUAUAUGAAUACGGCUUCCGGUUACCUCAUCAACUUUGAAAUGUAUCAGGGAAAUAACCCCCGCCGCUCCCCUGAGUAUGAAUUAUUAUUCGGUAAAGCAUCAGUGCCCAUGGUGCAAAUGCUAAAAGAAGUAGAAAGAGAUCCCAAUUUUACUGUUUCCACUGAUGAUCUUGAGGAUGGAGAAAACGAACUUCUUAACUUUGAAGAUUCAGGAAGCGAAUAUGAUCCGAAAGAAGUUGAUGAAUCUGAAUCUGAAAAAUCUGACUCUGUAGACUCUGAAGAGCAAGAACUUGAAGAACCAGAAGAAGAAGAACGAAACGAACAAAAGGGCCGGCCAAAAAAAGGAAGACCUAUAAAAUAUCAAAAAUAA